UUGCGUGCGCUAUAGGUCGCGAGCGAACUACGCGGCGUAGCCUGCGAGACAAUCUGAACACUUAACCAGUCGGCAGAAGCCAGCAAUGUUGUUUCAGAUUGUGAUCACACUGGGAGUCCUCGCCCAGGUCGGCGUAUUUGCCAUCGACGACCGAAUUCUGGAGCGAGCUUCUAAUGGCACCUCCGUAGUCCUGCUCACAGUGGCCUACCUCCAACAAACCACCAUCUUCUCCGACGACAACGGGAUGCUACGCCGAAUCGCCUACGUAGAAACGAGGGACGGGGCAAGACUCAGCGAUAAUAUUUGGGCUGUGAGCGAGGAGGGGCUGCAAUUGACGCAGGCUUCCGACCAUCCGACUCUAAACGUCAAGCACAAUCUCAUUUCCCGAGAACUGGAUAUAGACUGGAUCGCCGUGGAUUGGGAGGAACUGCAGCGACCACUGUACUCUGCCGUGGCAGCUCGUCUGCUCCUCUUCCUCGCUCCGGAACGGCUGCCAGAUGUGAACGAUAUUGAUGGUCAAGCUGCGUUUUGGAAGAAGUACUAUAACACAAAUGGAUCAGUGAGUGAAUUUACUGGAGCCUCUUUUGAAUUGGAAGGUAAUGUUCUGGAAAGUUACUCGUCAGAAUUCUUUGUGGCCUUUGGCAGAAAUGAUGCUGAUGGAAGAGAUUCACCAACUCUGAGAUUGUUCAUUUCAUCCAUUGAACCAGAUCCCGUGCUAGUCACUGUCGAUACUCACAGAGGAUUUAGCUUCUCUGGGUUCGCUACCAACAACGAGACUUUGUCAGUGGAGAUACCAAACACGUUUCAGGUUUUCUCAAGCGACGAGCGAGAUAAAGGGAUACGGGUCACAGCUGAUGGCCAAAGCAGCAUUGUAGUUUACGGUUUGAACUAUGACACAUUUACAUCUGACGCUUUCCUGGCCCUCCCCUGCGAUCGCCUCCCAGUGGACCAGUAUGAAUACUAUGGUGUGUCAUACUCUGGUGGGGGCCAUGGACUGAGUCACAUUUUGAUUGUGGCCUGUGAGAAUGGCACAGUUUUUCAAAUAGGUUCACGGGUUAUUGAGAUAAACCAAAUGGAGUCUUACUUUUGGGAGAGUGAUAGUGUGACUGGAACAAGGGUUAUUUCUAAUAAACCGCUGGUGAUGUAUGUUGGACAUAGAUGUACCGAUAUCCCUUCUUAUUCGAGUGCUUGUGACCACAUCACGGAGCAAGUGCCUCCAACUGCCAUAUGGGGAACUACUUUCAUGAGUUCGUCUUAUGCAGGCAGGGCAUCAGGUGACCUCUACCGCAUACUGGCAUCUCAAAGCUCCACUUCAGUGACUGUGAACUGUAGUACUCUCAGUGAAGUGCUGACAUACAACCUCGACACUGCUGGCUCGUGGCAGGAAAAUUACACUCCUGACAAAAGCUUCUGUUCA